ACUCAUCACCAGAAGAAGCUUUGCUUUCGUUCCCGACUAGCUAGCUACGUCUCGUAGUUGUAGCUUUGGCUACGAUUUUGCUCAUCAUUGAAUUCUCUCCUCACUUCUCAGGCUGACUCACUCCUCCUCUUUCGAAAACCCACUUUCAUUCAAGAUGCCGCAGCAACGCCUUUUGGUGCUCGCUUUGCUUCCCCUGUCGGGGUUAGCCUUUUCUUCGUCGAGAACCGCACCGCGCAGCAAUGCCCGCCUUCCCAGUCGCUUGGUCCUCUCCACCGUUCUCUUGGAAGAAGAAUCGUUUCCAAAUGCGGAAAAGCCAGACGAACUCCAGUCAACUGUCGAAGGCGAGCUGCAAGUAGACAUUGGCAAGGAGCUCUUCUUGGCCGGCAUUGAAUGUGUCUCCUCCGAGACGCUUCUGACAGAUGCAGCCGUCAUGCCGGUCCUGAUGGAUUCCGGAGCUGACAGUCUUUUGGGUUCUGGCUUUGAUGAGGGCCCCACGGUUCCAAAGACGGAAGAGUCUUUUGAAUUUUCACUCAACACGACAAUCAAAUCUGUGGCAGAGCUUGGCCAAGAAAUCAAUCAACAAAAGGUGACUACACGAAAUGUCGAAGCGGUGCUGGCCGCUUCGGAAGAUGCGAUGAUUGCAGCAGAGGCAUCGCUUCCUUCCGAAGUCAACGCAGAACUCAGCUCCUACGCAACACCAGCCAGCAACAUUAGUGACAUUGUCACUACUCCGACUUCCAUUGAUGAGUUUGUGGAAAUUGUUCCUGCCGCAGCAGUCGUGGGGGAACCAGAGACGACAAAGAUUGAAGCUCCACCUGUCAUGAAGAUUCUCAAAUUCGCAAUUCCUGCCGUGGGGGUAUGGCUGUGCUCUCCGUUGCUCUCACUGAUUGACACAUCGGCGGUUGGUGUUUUGUCGGGAACGACGCAGCAAGCCGCUUUGAAUCCCGCUGUGGCAGUUACGGAUUAUGCUGCUCUUCUCAUUGCAUUCCUUUACACUGCCACUACCAAUCUUGUAGCCUCGGCUCAAGAAUCCGACCGGACACUCCCAGGAAAGCCCAAGACAACCUCGGCCAUGAUUGGUGCCAUGCAGCUUUCUACAUAUGUCGGGCUUGGUCUUGGCGCCACUCUUUUCGCCUUUGCCAGGCCUCUCCUCAGGGCCAUUAUUGGAAAUGAUGCCCUUGACCCUGCGGUCUUUGCAGCCGCCAUGAAGUACGUCCGUAUUCGCGCGCUUGGAAUGCCCGCUGCGGCAAUCAUCGGCAGUGCCCAAGCCGGUUGUCUUGGCUGUAAAGAUAUCAAGUCUCCACUCUACGUUUUGUUGGCGGCUGCAGUCGUGAACUUCUUGGGUGAUGCCUGCUUUGUUGGUUGCAAGCACCCAUGGAUUGGAGGGGCUGCAGGCGCUGCGUGGGCUACGGUCUUCUCGCAGUACGCGGCUCUGGCUAUCUUUGUUCGAUGGCUGGUCCAAAAACCAAAGUCGGGCAACGCUCGACCCAAAGUGGUCGACUUGACCAAGAACAUUAUGGACUUGAUGAGCAAGGAUGGAGACAAACGACGCAAAGAAAUCAACAACUUGCAAUCCAACGAAGUGCAGCUUCCAAAGAAGGAAUCGAAACGCAGGGGUCUUGGUGGGAAGAUCAAUGGUCUCUUUGGAAAGAAGGACAAUGAUGCACCCGCUGUAGUCAAAGCUACUCGCAACGACGACACUGCUUCGGUUCGUGGACUGUUGGCCGGUCGAUUAAGCGGACUGGAUCUAGUCAAGCUACCAAAGAAGGAAGUUGCCAAGGAGUUUGCUCCCUAUGUUGCCCCUGUCACUGUUACCCAAAUUGGACGUGUAAGCGGCUACGUUGCUAUGUCCCACGUCGUAUCUUCCAGUCUCGGAACUGUCAGCAUGGCUGCGCAGCAAGUCAUUGUUAGUGUCUUUUACUGCCUUUGCCCCAUUGCUGACUCUUUGAGUCUCACAGCACAGAGCUUCAUUCCAGGUAUCUCGGAAAAGAAGGCUAGCAAAGAGAGGGCUGAUGCGCUCCGGAAGACCGCAAGGAACUUUCUGAAGGCAGGAGGAGUGUUCGGCGCUGUCAUGGCAGCAGCGAUUGGAUUGCUCCCCGUCAUGUCGGGCUUUUUCACUGGUGACCCUGCUGUUGUCUCUCUCGUGAACACGGUGGUCCCAAUUCUUGUCGCUUUCUUCUCAGUGCAUGGUGUCAUGCAAGCGACAGAGGGUGUGCUGUUGGGCCAGAAGGAUCUGGGAUUCCUGGGCAAGAUGUAUGGUGCUUUCUUUGUUGCGGUGCCCUUCUUCAUGCUUCGUGUCAAGCGUGCUGCUCUUGCAGGUGUCCCGGGCAUUUCCAUUGCAUCAGUUUGGUCGGUUUUCCUGGCAUAUCAGAUAUUCCGUGUGAUCGUUUGGGUGGCAAGAGUGGAACUGAUCCAAAAAGCCACGGACCGUGCCGCUGCAUCCCUUUCAGACUUGAGGCCCUGAAACGAACCAGCACACAGCCUCCACUCUUAGACUCGUACUUUCUAUGACAUCCCAUAGGAUUGUCGAUAAUUUGCAUAUAAAAAUAGACUACGUUAUUAGAG